AUUGAUAAAUUAUUAAACUUUGCAAUACGAUUUCAUUAUACAAAUUGCUAAAUUUUUUUCUUCUACUGUGUUCAAUGAAUGAAAAUACUGUUUAAGACGAAGCGGAGUUACUAUAAUGCUAUAAAAAAAUAAUUUCGAAUCUCCAUAUGUGAUCAUAAUUUUUUUCAAUAUUCGGGUUUUUUUUCUUAUCAAAAGCCAUAGAAUUGUUUUUCACUGCAUGUAACACUACUUUUAAAAACAUGUAUUCUCAUUUGAUGUCCCAAAGGCAAUCAUGUACUCCGAGUGAAACUUAUAUUUUAAUAGUGAAAAAUCCUUAACAAUUUAUUUUUGUAUGGAACUAUUAUGACUCUUCUCAUUCGAUAAAAAAAUUUGAAUACGUAAAAUAAUGUCUAACCAAGUUGCAGCAUUUUCUUCCCAAUGGCUUAUUGAGCGAUUGCUAUAUCCUUGGCAAUAAAGUGAUCGUUCAAUUAUUUGAAAAAAAAUUUUUCUGAUUGGAAGAUAUGUUUCUUUUGUUUUGUUGGUAAACAAAUUGUUUACGAUCCCUUCUCAUUGAAAUUCUGUGCUUCGGUAUAAGAUAAAAAAAAAGCGACAUUGAUUUUGUUUCGCGUACCAGUAGAAUAAGAAACUUUUAUACAAUUUCUUCAAUGUUGCAUUUUAAAGAAAAUCAUAUGGUAUAGCAGUUUUUGCACUUGAGUUACACCUAAAGAAAAGUGACUUUUCCCAAAAGAAAGCCAACGUUUCAGUUUUAUCUUUCAUGUACGUUGAAGAAUCCAAUACAUUCUAAGCCCAAGUAAUACACGUUUAUUAAGUGUCUUCUUUUUUUUACAAAAACAUCCUUUUGUCUUUUUAUUAAAAAAAAAAAAAUUGUUCUUGUUGAAAAAAUGGAACAUGAGAAAAUCUCGACGAUGUCCGCUUCAGAGCGCAGAAGGCAGCGUAAAGCGGAAAUGCGUGUAAAAAAGAAAAUGACAGAUGCUUCGCAGCUUAAAGUACCUUCAAAGGAACUCAACGGUUCAACGGUCGCUGAAAAAGAAGAGUCUAUGAUUUCUAAGGAAGAACUGGAUCCAACGCAGUAUUUUGAAGCAAGGAACUUGAUGCUUAAGGAAGCAGUACAAGAGGGAAUAGACGUUUACCCACAUAAAUUUCAUGUAACUAUGACAAUUCCAGAAUUUAUUCAAACAUACAACACAUUACAAUGUGGUGAACAUUUAGAAACAACAACUGUUUCCCUUGCGGGAAGAUUAAUGCGUGUUAGUGGUUCGGGAGCUAGACUACGUUUUUAUGAUCUUGUUGGUGUCGGUCAGAAAGUUCAAAUAAUGGCAAAUAGCAGAUAUCAUAAAGUAAAUGAAACAGAAGCAAGAGAAGAAAUUGUUGAAGCUCAUUUUUUAAAAACACAUAAUCGUUUUAGACGAGGAGAUAUUGUGGGUGUUGUAGGUUUCCCUGGUAAAUCCAAAAGGGGGGAACUAAGUAUUUUUCCUCAAUCAAUGACACUUUUAUCGGUUUGUAUGUAUAUGCUUCCUAAAAGUAUUACCGGAUUAAAGGAUCAGGAAAUUCGUUACAGGCAACGCUAUUUGGAUUUAUUGAUGAAUCCAUCAACUGUAGAUGUUUUUCAAACACGAUGUCAAGUCAUUAAGCAUUUGCGUCAAUAUCUCGAAUCGCGUGAUUUCGUGGAAGUGGAAACACCUAUGAUGAAUUUAAUACCUGGUGGUGCCACCGCUCGCCCGUUUGUCACCCAUCAUAAUGAAUUAAAUCUUGAUUUAUUUAUGCGUAUUGCACCUGAACUGUAUUUAAAAAUGUUAGUUGUUGGAGGGUUAGACCGUGUUUACGAGAUUGGAAAAAACUUUCGAAACGAAGGAAUAGAUUUAACACAUAAUCCUGAAUUCACUGCUUGUGAAUUUUACAUGGCUUAUGCUGAUUAUAAUGAUUUACGUAAAAUGACCGAAGAAAUCGUUAGCUCCAUGGUUUUCAAACUGCAUAAUAGCUAUAAAUUACAGUAUACCAUUGAUCCAACAGCAAAAGAGGUGGUUGAAAUAGAUUUCACACCUCCUUAUCCUUGUAUAUCGAUUAUUGAUGAAAUUGAAAAACAAUCUGGAGUUUCUUUACCCAGACCUCUCGAUAGUACAGACUGUAUUAACGUUAUGAAAUCCAUUUUACAAUCACACCAUGUUGAUUUACCGUUUCCACUAACCGCAGCUAAGUUGCUAGAUAAGCUGUGUGGACAUUUCAUUGAAAGUCAAAUAGUCAAUCCAACAUUUGUUUCUGAUCAUCCACAAAUUAUGAGUCCUUUAGCUAAAUGGCACCGAUCCAAACCUGAAAUUUCCGAACGAUGUGAACUUUUUAUUCUUGGAAAAGAAGUAGCAAAUUUUUAUACAGAAUUAAAUGAUCCUAAAGUUCAAAGAAAAUGCUUCUCUCAGCAAGCUCUCGCGAAGGAUCAAGGAGAUGAUGAAGCAUGUAAUAUUGAUGAAUCUUUUUGUACUGCUCUGGAAUAUGGUCUGCCGCCCACUGGAGGUUGCGGUUUCGGUAUUGAUCGCCUUGUUAUGUUUCUAGCGAAUAAAAACAAUAUUAAGGAAGUUAUUCUAUUCCCAGCUAUGCGUCCUUUAGAAAAUACAAUUCGUAAUACAAAUGAUAAACAAGAACUUGCUUAACUAUAGUAGACAGCGUAAAUUUUUUUCUUUUAAUUAAGAAAGAAUAACCCGUUACUACAACAAUCACUGUACUCUU